CGUGAGGACUCUUUUAUCUGCUGGAUCCUGUACGACGACAGCCCGUUUAUGGCUGCUCUCACCAGGGGUGACAAAUAAGAGCAGAUCCUGCUACAGACCGCGAACCAUCAACACGGGACUUCGGAAGUAAAGAGGAAGCAUGACAAGCGGCGUUUAUACCGCCGUGCUGAUGGCGAUAACCUUGGCCAUCUGCCCAGCAAGUAAUGGCCAGUACUCCUUCGGCUGUCCUUCUGUGGAUGACGUUCAUGACGCAGCCACGAUACUGCCGAAUCCUUUCAACUGCUCUACUUUCUACAUAUGCGCACAGGGUACGCCGCUACUCUUCGUUUGCCCGGGAAAUUUGCAGUUUAACUACGAACUACAAGUAUGCGACUACCCGGAGCGAGCCAACUGCUUCGAAUUCCAGCAGUACCCUGAACCGGCGACAACUAACUUCCCCGUCUUUCAGCCUGAAAUUGAACAUCUCCUUCCAGAGCAAGGACCGCAGUCCGAACAUGAAGCAGUGCCUGAGCAAACUUCCGAGCAAGUGGUGCUCACUCCAGGACCAAAACCAGGACCUUCGCACGAGGGAGUCCAGCCUGAUUCGCAGGGCAUGGUGGUGCCGUCUGAGUCGGUUGAUGAGCCACUGCAAACGCGUUCCGCAGAACAAAUCGAUAAAGACGAUGUUGUGGAGGCAUCCGAGCCGAUUGGUGCACCGAAGCCGCAACCUUCCCAAGAACAAGCUGAACCUGAACGUCAGCAAAAGGAUAACGAAGGGUCUGAUGACACUGAGCGUGAAUUAGAACCUCUUGCUGCGCCAACAGAUGGAGCGCCUGGGUUGGAGCUGCAGCCGGCAGCAAAUCCAACAGAACCGGGAAUCCAGGACACAGUAGUGACGGCUGAGUCAAUCGAUGAGCCAAAUCCAGCACGUUCGCAGAAGCCAACCAAAUCCGACCAUGAAACUGAGCCGCAGCCUUCAAAAGAGCAAGCCGAACCUGAAAGUGAGCGUGACAUAAAUGCUCAUUCUGAACAAGAAUUGGGACCCACUAUAGAACCAACAGACUCCGCACCUGAACAAGAGCCACAGCCAUCAGGAAAUCCCAGGCAGACAGAACAGCAAGAUAUGGUUUUGCCAGCUGAGUCAGCUGAUGAGACGAUACCCGCACGUUCCCAAGAGCCAAAUGAGACUGACCACAGUCCAAAACGUGCGUUAGAAUCGGUUGUGUCAGCACCUGAGUCAGAGGCACAGCCUUCAAGGGAGCAAGCCGUACCUGAACGUGAGCCCGAAGGUAAUGAAGAUGCUACUCAAACUCAGAAUGAACAGGCACCUGCGACUGAACCAAAUGCACCCACAACUGAUUCUGAGCCGCACCAAGCGGAAAAGCCAGCCAAGAGUGAGCACGACACAAAGCCUUCUGUUCAGCAGGUUGAGCUUGCAGGCGAGCAAGAACAAGCGCCUUCCGAAAAAUUGGCCGCUACGACACUUCAACCAGAGCCACAACGCACUGAUGGACAAGCAGUAGCAGAAACAGCGGAGCAAUCAGAUGACUUUCAGCCCAGCAUCAACUGAACCUGGACACGAAGGAGGGCGAGAAUCUACAAAGGCACCGGCACAAACUCAACCACAACAACCAGAUGAAUCAUUUCAAGUUGUGCACGACACGACAGAGGCAACAGCCGAGCAAACUACGCAGCAUGCGCAGGCGUUAGUUGAAGCAGCACCGCAGCCUACUGCAGCAGCCCCGCAGCUUGAGGCAGAAGCCACGGAGGAGCCAGCUGAGCUUGUGCGUGAGCCUUCCGAGAUUGUACAAGAGCAACAACCUUCGCGUGAGCCUGAGCAAAGGGAUCAGGCUACCGAGAUAGCGCAGCCUCGACAUGAACCACCACAAUCUGUUUACGAAUCGACAGAAAAGUCAGUAGAGCCAGACACCACAGAAGAAGCAAAACUUGCACCUCAGUCAGAACAGCCUGCUCCUGAGCCAGAACAAAUAGCCACAAAACAGUCGAUUGAGCCCGAGGCUAAGCAAAGCGAAACUGAAACACAGCUGCCACCUACGCAACAACCUCUGUCAGGUCUAGAUGAAGCUUCACCUAAUUCAGAUGGUAUUGGUACCGACAUGAAACAAGAGAUUACUAAAGAGAAGGUACAAUCGUCUGCAGAGCUCGACCAGCCUGAAGAACAGGCUACUCCUAAAUCAGCCGAGGCCCAGCCACAGCGUACAGAAGUAACUCAGGAACUACAACCAGCACCUGAAGCCGAAGUACCUGAACCAGAAGCAACAGACGGCACGGCUGAGCACUCGCCUUCAGCCAGUGAGGCUUCACUAGAAGUUGGGUCAGAACCCCCAGCAGGACACUCUGACACACUUGAAACAAUCGAUGAGAUCAAGACAGUCCAGACGGAGAAAUCGAUAGGCAUAGAACCUGUAGUAGCUGCCUCCGAUACGGAGGCUGAUGUUGAGUCUACGAGAUCAGCUGAAACCAAGCUUCCAGUUUUAGAAAAGGCUCCUGAGCCGCUUGAACCCAAAGCCGAUACAACUGAACAAAAUCCCGAUUCUGCGCUUAGCCAGCAGCACGACGAAAGUACCAGUGAACCAAAUGCCCCGAAUCAAGAUACAAUACUUCAGCCAAGCGGAGGGGCAGUUGAAGCACCUGAGACUGCACCAUUUGAGCCGGCCGCUACCGACGCAGCGCAAGCAGUUCCUAACGUCGCCGAACCUACGCUUGAGCCUGAGGGCUCCGCCGGUAUUUCGGUGGCUGAAGGGGAAUCAAAAGCUGACGAUGCAUAUGAGGAGACGGAACAGCCUGCAGUGCUCGAUGACGUCGACGCAUCGUAUAAAGAAGAAGGAACACGAAGCGACGCCGUUGAGAUUGACUACUACGCGUGAAUGCAGAGGCGCAGCGCUGUUGAUACGAAAGUAAGAAAGAAGAAACAACUUAGAUUGCGUUUCUUCUACCCUUUCUCUACUUUUCUGAUUCCGAUCGUAUUUAUUUGUACCAGAAAUGUGGUAAAGCCGAAAUAUUUUCAGUUCUAUUGGCUUUAGUCGCAGCAUGUUCAUGCGUGUUUUGGCGGCGUAGCAGGGCAGAUUUCAAUACAAAACAAAUUAUAGACCCUACGAAAUGCUUAGGGAAGCAUAAUAUCAUGACAUCGAAAUAGUCCAAGCUUCGCAGCAGUGCUUAUUGGAUUAUUGAAAAAAUCGAUAGCUCAGGGGCUUCGAGCAUUGUUUGAAGAAAUGCAACAAAUUCUGUAUUGUUCUUUUCAGA